AUGGACAAGUUGCGUCGACUCUAUGAUAGCGCGGCCGAUGUCGCGCAGCUCAAGCUUAAGACCGGUGAGAAUGAGUUUCAUCGUGCUGCGAACGACGUCAGUGUGCGAGCACAACAGGUGGCAGCUGAGGCGGCGGAUGCAGCGAAGCGUCGCCUGCAGCUGAAGGCGGAGGAAGCCAAAGAGGCCACUAAAAAAAAGACGGAAGAUGUACAGAAGGCAGCCAUGCGCAAGGCAGAGGAAACACGCGCUGCAGCUGCUACCAAGGCCCGUGGUAUCGGUAACAAGAUGCUGCACAGCUUGCGCAACAAUCAGGAAUACGCCACGCGCCAGUUGAAUGAGAACGCCAAGAUACUGCAGCGCUCGACCAGUGAUACUGUCGACGAUUUGAAAAAACGCGCGUGGAAGAGUGUAGUCGAGGUCACUGGCGCUGCUCAGGAGCGUGUUUCGUUCUCUGUGUCCAAGAGCGCCGAAAGGCUGAAACACACGUCGUCUUCGGCGGUGGAGGCAAUUGAUCUACGUGGGAACGCCCGUAGAGUGCGUAAUAAACUACUGACGCUGGGUUUUGUCGGCAUAUUUCUCUAUGGUUUUGGGUCGGCCAUGCCUUUUGCCAUGGCAAAGUACGCAGUGGAGAGAGGUAAGCUCGAGGAAGCAGUAGCACAGACAGACGCUACCGCUACAUCAGCUGAGAAGAAGUGA